AUGUCGCUGGACUUGCUGUUGAAGACAACAGUGGGUGGUCAAGCCGACGAGCCGGUGACCGUUGCGUUCCCGUACAUUUCGACAGGGUUGUUUGCCUUCCCGGACGACAUUGCAGUGCAGCUGGCGGUGGACAGUGUGCUAGAGUGGUUGGCAACGCAUCGAGACGAGAUCCGGGUAUGGAAGGUGGUCUUUAACACAUUCCUGAAGCGCGACUACGACAUGUACGUCGACUACAUCGAGAGCAAGUGCGUGGGUAGUGUGUCACUGCCUCGCGCACCGGUUCCUGCGCCUUUGCGACGCGCUUUUGAGGCGAUCCGAGACGCCGACUAUUUGUUGGUGUCAGUCGGUGCUGGACUGUCGGCUGCUGCUGGUGUUGACUUUGGGUCGCAAGACGUGAUGGACAUGCUGCAUCCCAACGUGCGUCGAGCCAUUCCCAGUUUCCGGGCACUGGCCAACACGAUCGGCUUUCGUCCGCCGACGUAUGCGUACCUGAAGAGUAUCUCGGACAUGUUUGAGUGUCGGGAGAAAGGCUCAGUGUUCACGAAGACCAGCAACGCAGACGGCAUAUUGGAGCAAGAAGGGUUUGAUCCGUCCGCCUUGUUUGUCAUGCAAGGCGACUUUGGGAUGCAGAGCUUCAAUCCGGAGACAUACCAAAUUGACGACCCUACAGGUGUUCCGAAGUGUCCUACAUGCAAUGGCCGCAUGUCGACUUUCUUGCGUGAAGACGAUACGUUUCUGGAUAGUGGCGUGAAAGAAGGGCGCGAUAGGUACGAGAAAUGGCUGGCGCGGGUGAUGGGUCAAGUGCACACCAACAGCAAGAAGCUCGUUAUCCUCGGGGUGGGUGCUGGUUUCAACACUCCUGUCGUGCUUCGCAUUCCUGAUGAACGACUUGCACUCCACGACGGAGUGCAGCUCGUGCGCGUGAACUCCGACGCGCUGGACUACAUCGCACAUCAUUUGCAUUUUCAAUAG